AUGCGUCUAGGCGUCACGAUCACCGGUGUCUGGCUCUGGACUGCAAGUCUUAGUCUUGGAGCAUUUUCUGGGCAUGCUCGUGCUGUCAAUAGCUCGACUGGACCACAAGUUGACCUUGGAUAUACUGUUUACAGCGGUGUAUCAAAUGCCUCCCUCGGUCUGAACAUCUUCAAAGGGCCGAAAGCACCUGUUGUAAACAAGACAGCAGUUGUGCUAGCUACUUCGUUUGCGCCUGCUUGUCCUCAGAGCAUGUUUAGUCUGGAACCUUUGGCCGCCAAUCCAGGAGGUUUGGGUGAUGAAGACUGUCUCUUUCUCAACGUCUACGCUCCCACAAACUCCUCGAAAUUACCAGUCCUGGUAUGGAUUCAUGGUGGUGGAUACGGAGCUGGAAAUGGCCAGCAGGAUUUAAGUGCUAUCAUCAAUACGAAUAAUAAUUCCUUCAUUGGCGUUGCCAUUCAGUAUCGGCUUGGUGCAUUUGGAUUCCUUGCCUCCAAUGAAGUGUACAGAAAAGGAGUUGUCAAUGCAGGUAUCCUCGACCAACAUGCCGCUUUGCAAUGGGUGCAAGAUUAUAUUCAUCUUUUCGGCGGAGAUCCGAAGCGGGUGACUAUCUCGGGAGAGUCUGCUGGGGCGGGGUCAGUGAUGCUACAUGCUAUGGCCUACAAUGGCACACUUGGGACUUCUCUUUUCAUCAAUUCAAUUGCAGCAUCGCCAUACCUUCCCGAGCAAUACGAAUACAAGGAUUGGCAGCCCUCUCAAAGCUAUUAUGCCUUUGCGUCUCAGGCGGGAUGUUCGGCUUCAGCAGCUUAUGGAGGUACUUCGCAGACUAUCUUCGACUGUCUAGUCGCAAAAGACACGGAUACUCUUCAGAUGGCUUCUUUCAACGUGUCUGCGUCUGGAGUAUACGGAACGUGGGCCUUCGUUCCAAUUACAGAUGGGAUCUACGUGCAGGACGUGCCAAGUCAGCAAUUACUCCGAAAACAAGUAAAUGGACAGAGGUUUCUGAGUGGGAACAAUGGUCUCGAAGGCUUUCUCUUCGUACCUCGAAGUAUUACUACGGAGAGUGCUUUGGCGCAAUGGAUACAUCUCCUCUUUCCCCUUUUCACAAACAACGAUGUCACAGCACUUAUCGCACAAUACAACUACACUUCCGAUUCCCAAACCAAAGCUGAUGACAUUUAUGGCGAGACGACAUUCGUCUGCCCUAGUCAUUGGCUGGCGGAAGCGUAUUCGUCAGGUUCUAAUGCAUCUUCUUCGGACGCAAAGCAAGGGUUCAAAUAUCAUUAUUCCGUCCCCGCACCUUUGCACGGAAGUGACGUCUCGGGAUACUUCGGGCCUGCUUCUCCGAAUCAGGGAUCUGAUUUCGAGAAAGCUUUCAUGACUAUCUGGGGUAAUUUCAUAACAACAAACAAUCCCUCACUUCCGAAUCUUAUCGCCAAUGGUGCCUCUUCUCCUUCUCCCUCAGCUUCGAACGCCGCAUCCAAUUGGCCGUCUUACUCUAAAGCUUCACCAAACAUGAUCAAUCUGAACGAAACAGGAGGAGUAGCUUUCAGUGCCGCGACCAAUGGUGUGAAUUUCACUGAGUACAGCGGGCCUGGUUUGGUGAAUAAUAUCACGUUGGUUAAUGCUUACACAUGGGAGAAUGGCAGAGGGUCUAGAUGUGAUUUCUGGAGAAAGAUUAGUGCUAGUGUGCCGGAGUGAGGAAAAGGGUCAGAUAGGGCGAGAGCGAGAAGGUGGUCUUGAUAAGCGAAGGGGCGUAAGCGAGAGCCAAUGAAAAGACGAAAUGCAAUUAAUCGAGAUCUGAGAACUUGGGAUGUGCUGCCAGAUUCACAGCAGUUGAUAUUAUUACAAUAUUACAAAC